CCGGGAGCGCGCGCGCUAUGGAAACGCGCGCCCGGGAGCUGCAGGCACCGGAGCGGGGGGCGCAGAGGCGGGGGACGGGGGGAGGCAGAGACAGGCAGAGACCUUGAGACACAGAGACAGUGAGAGACCCAGGACCCAAACCGCCCGGUCCCCGGCACCGAUGGGGGCUCCCAAGGCCGCGCCGAGAGACCCCAGAGGGAACGAGGGGGCCGGAGCCGAGAGAGGCCCGAAGCGGGGAGACCCCAGACCCGGGUCCCCGGCAGCCGCUGCUGGAGCCCGAGACCCCGGGAGGCAGAGACUGUGAGAGCGCGGGAGGCGGGGCAGCCCCGGGCGCGCGACGCGCCGAGACAAAGAGCCCCGCCCCCGGUUCCGCCGCCUCCGGGGUCUGGGGGCGCCCCCUCCCCGCCCCGCCCCAGUGGGAGGGGCCGCGCUUUGUGCUCGCGGCGCCGCAGCCCCCGCCCGCAGCUGCCGCCAGCGCCGCCCUUCAAGCUCCGGCCGUACCCGCUGAGAGGGGCUGGGGGCCGCACCCCUAGCCCUGCCGCCGUGCUCGGGACCCCCGUUCUCCUGGAGGCUCCCGUCCUGCCGCGGGGCCGGGCCCCGGCUGAGAUCCCCCCCAAGCCAGGCCGGCCCCGCCCUCUUUGCUGAGUCCCCGCUCGCCCGAACCCCGUCCCAGGUGGGGGGGAUCCCCGGAAGCCGGAUGGUUGGGUAGGGCUGCGGUGCGCGGCAGGAGGUCCCGGGGGACGCCCCCGCCCCCAGCCUCAGUUUCCCGGGGCGGUUCCUGCGCAUCCUCGUCCUCCCCUCCCCCACCGGCGCUGGCCACCGGGUCCUCCCGAGACUCGGUCUGAUUCCCCCGCUCCUGCGCGCAGCUUUGCCCCCUGCAGCCGCGGCCUUCGGCGCCUGCAGCACCAUGAUCUCGGCCAAGGAGAAAAAUAAGACCCCCAAGGACAGCAUGACGCUUCUGCCCUGCUUCUACUUCGUGGAGCUGCCCAUUGUGGCCUCAUCCAUCGUAUCCCUCUACUUCCUGGAGCUGACCGACCUCUUCAAGCCAGCCAAGGUGGGCUUCCAGUGCUACGACCGCAGGCUGUCCAUGCCCUACGUGGAGACCAACGAGGAGCUCAUCCCACUACUUAUGCUCCUGAGCUUGGCAUUUGCUGCACCCGCUGCCUCGAUCAUGGUCGGCGAGGGCGCGCUGUACUGCCUGCAGUCACGACUGUGGGGCCGCAGCGGGGGCCCGGGUGGGGCAGAGGGCAGCAUCAACGCCGGCGGCUGCAACUUCAACUCCUUCCUGCGGCGGACGGUGCGCUUUGUGGGUGUCCACGUGUUUGGCCUGUGCGCCACGGCCCUGGUGACUGAUGUCAUCCAGCUGGCCACGGGCUACCACGCACCCUUCUUCCUGACCGUCUGCAAACCCAACUACACGCUGCUGGGCACGUCGUGUGAGGCUAACCCCUACAUCACACAGGACAUUUGCUCUGGCGCUGACGCGCACGCCAUCCUCUCUGCGCGGAAGACCUUCCCGUCGCAGCACGCCACCCUGUCUGCCUUCGCUGCUGUCUACGUGUCGAUGUACUUCAACUCGGUCAUCUCGGACACUACGAAGCUGCUCAAGCCCGUCCUGGUGUUCGCCUUUGCCAUUGCGGCAGGUGUCUGCGGCCUCACCCAGAUCACGCAGUACCGCAGCCACCCCGUGGAUGUGUACUCUGGCUUCCUCAUUGGUGCUGGCAUCGCUGCCUACCUGGCUUGCCACGCUGUGGGCAACUUCCAGGCCCCGCCCUCGGAGAGACCGUCAGUGGCAGCACCAGCGCCUGCCAAGGAUGCGCUGCGCGCACUGACCCAGCGGGGCCACGACUCGGUGUACCAGCAGAACAAGUCGGUGAGCACAGAUGAACUGGGCCCGCCAGGGCGGCUGGAGGGCGCGCCACGGCCUGUGGCGCGCGACAAGAGCUCGCUGGGCAGCCUGAAGCGGGCCAGCGUGGACGUGGACUUGCUGGCGCCGCGCAGCCCCAUGGGCAAGGAGAACAUGGUGACUUUCAGCAAUACGCUGCCCCGCGUUAACACGCCCUCGCUCGACGACCCCGCCCGCCGCCACAUGACCAUCCACGUGCCGCUGGACGCCUCGCGCUCCAAGCAGCUCAUCAGCGAGUGGAAGCACAAGUCGCUGGAGGGUCGCGUCCUGGGGCUACCCGACGAGGCCAGCCCCGCGCACCUGAGGGCGCCGGCGGAGCCGAUGGCGGAGGAGGAGGAGGAGGAAGACGAAGAGGAGGAGGAAGACGAGGAGGAAGGGGGCCCGGUGCCGCCCUCGCUCUACCCCACGGUCCAGGCACGCCCCGGGCUCGGGCCUCGGGUCAUCCUGCCGCCGCGCGCGGCGCCACAGCCGCUGGUGCACAUCCCCGAGGAGGGGGCCCAGGCGGGGGCUGGCCUGUCCCCCAAGAGCGGCGCCGCUGUGCGCGCCAAGUGGCUUAUGAUGGCAGAGAAGACCGGGGCGGCCGCGGUCGCCACGCAGCCCCGCGUUGCCAACCCACCGCGGCUGCUGCAGGUCAUCGCCAUGUCCAAGGCGCCGGGCGGCGCGGGCGCCAAGGCGGUCGACACGGGCUCGUCGUCCAGCGCCAGCUCCGACUCGUCGCAGUACCGGUCGCCGUCGGACCGCGACUCGGCCAGCAUCGUCACCAUCGAUGCGCACGCGCCGCACCACCCGGUAGUCCACCUGUCGGCGGGGAACGGGCCCUGGGAGUGGAAGGCGGCGGGCGGCGGGGCCAAGGGGCCGGAAGGCGAUGGCGCCUACGAGCUGGGCGACCUGGCGCGCGGCUUCCGCGGCGGGCCCCGGCCGCCCGGCAUGUCGCCCGGCUCGUCGAUCAGCGACGUGGACCAGGAGGAGCCGCGGUUCGGGGCCGUGGCCACGGUCAACCUGGCCACGGGCGAAGGGCUGCCUCCGAUGGGCGCGGCCGACGGGGCGCUGGGGCCGGCCAGCCGCGAGUCCACGCUGCGGCGCAAGGCGGGCGGCCUGAUGCUGGGCGAGCGUGACGCGGCCGGCGAGGCGGAGGCGGAGAGUUACUACCGCAAGAUGCCGGGGACGCGCAGGUUGAAGGAGUGACCGCGGGCGUGGCCGGGUGGGCGAGGCGGGGCGCCUGCGGACGAGUCCCGGCACCCGUGGGCGUGGCCGGGUGGGUGGGAGUGGG